AAAAGACGAGAUUGAUCAGUUCCGGAAGUUUACUUCCUAAUCAGUGGUUUACUGGUUCGAGGUGUGCGUCAUCGUCACAAUCAACAUUUGAUUUUGACAAAGUUCCUAUUUCACAAUGACACUCCAAUGGACGUUUGUAGCUACUGUUCUUUAUGCUGAGAUCAUAGCAAUUGCAGUCUUACUGAUUCCAAUCAUUUCUCCAAAAACGUGGCAGAAAGUGUUCCGUAGUCGUAUUGCCAGUGCACUGUCUGCAUACUCAUUCAUCUAUUUCAAAAUCUUCAUUGCUGUUUUAGUCAUGUUGUUUCUGGAAUCUAUCCGUGAGGCUUGGAAAUAUUCUUCACCUAUGGAAGCUGAGCAGAUGAGAAAGUUUCCGGAGGCUGAGAAUGUCUUACACAUGAAAUUGUUUCGUGCUCAGAGGAACAUGUACAUAGCAGGAUUUGCAUUGUUUCUUUGGGUAGUUCUGAGAAGACUUGUAACACUCAUAGCCACGGAAGCCAACCUGAUGGCAGAGAGUGAGGCUAGUUUGAAGCAGGCACAGAGUGCUACACAAGCUGCCAAGAUGUUUAUGGAAGAAAAGGUGAUUACAGACGAAAAUAAAUUGAAUAGUGCCACCGAAGAGAAAGAUUUCAGUCAUGUGGAGAAAGAACUAAACGAGGUGAAAGCGGACCUGGAGAGGACUCAGGAGGAACUCUAUAAAACAAGACUGGAUCUCUCCUCCAUGAAGAAGCAGGCAGAGAGUACAAAUCAAGAAUAUGACAGACUGUUAGAUGAACAUGCCAAACUUGAGAAAAAACUUGCCAUUUUGGAAGGUACAGAAACGGAGGCAAAGAAAGGGAAGUAAUUUAUUCAUGUCUGCUAUAAAAAUGUAAAUCUGUGAUGACUUCAAUUCUUGUGCUGUGUAUUCUGGACUCAUGUAAAAAUAUUUUUACCAGCACAAAAUUAAGGUUUGAUUUAGUUACUUUUUGUUCGUGGUUCAUGAGGCCAAUAUUGAAAUGUCAUGAGCUGUACUCUCAAGCAUUUAAUAUUUUUGUACACACACUUUUCAAAACUGUCUGAUCCUUCUUAAAUCAUAGGGUGAGAAGGAGAAGUGUCUGGAGUUGUGCACUACGAUCAUAUUUAUUAGAUCAUUUCUAACAAUUUAUGUUUCUUAAUUUAAUUUUUUUUUUGGUUCAUAAAAUUUUACCUGAAGUUAGCAUUGUACAUUUAAUAGUUUUUAAUUAUAGCACCUUUUUAUAAAAUAAUUUUGUCAAUGUGUCCGCGAAUAUUUGUGAAGCUUGUUGAAUGAUUGAGACAUGGUCUUCAUUGUACUGUUUGUUAUGUACAAUCAAAUCUAAUAAUAAUAAUAAUAAUAAUAAUCUUUAUUGUCCGUAUGGAAAUUUAGAUUGCUUUAAUUAUGAUGAGGCAUGUAACUGAAUGGCAUAAACCAUUUAGCUAGUUAACUACUGGUUCUUAGGCCCAUAUCAUGUCGGAAGCUUGAAUAUUAGGAUUUUCAGGUUCAGUCCGCAGUUAAUUUGUUUUUCACAAGGAAAGAAAGGUACUUCCUGUCCCUCCCUUUUUUUUUGUAUUUAUUUUUCUAGAUAUGGGAUAAGACCAGAUUGCAUUGAGGAUGUAGUAGUAGUAGAAUGAAGUUACUCUAGCCCUCUAGUUUAUAGGUUUUUCUAUGAUUCUCUUGUUGUAAAUGAUGUAUGGCAUUUCUUUACAUACAUCAGACCUGCCUACCGUUACGCAAAAUGCGUAUUCGUUACGCAAAAUCUCCCAAAAAUGACCGUCAGUACGCAAAUACGCAUUGAACCCGUCGCGUUACGCUUUUCGUAUCUUUUUUUCCUCCCUCUCUUGACUAGCUUACGAGCGGUCACGGAGGUCACGCUAAGCCGUUUUGUUUUGUUGGUCGGGGGGGGGGGAAGAAAAGGUGGGGGAACACAUUGUGUCCAGAUCUAUACGUUGAUUGGUUCUUAAAAGCAAUUAGAUUUAGUCUAGAAAUGAAGAACGCGAGAGUGAGGGAGUGGCGGGUUGGUACCGUAAGUUAGCUGAUACACCAACGUGACUUUUUUUUUUUUUGUAAGUUCAUUAGUAGAAUCCCUGAUUCCCGUAUUCAUUUGUAUAGAAAAAAAUAUCGAAGUGCUAUCAAAACACAUUGGGUGACAUUGUAGAUAUCUAGUCUAGAUCUAGAUCUGGAUUCUAGAUCUAGAAUCUAGAUAACUUGUUAUACAGGAAUAGAUCUAGCUAGACAUUACGACAUUACGAUUGAUGAUUACGCUAUGUCAUGAGUCUCUACAUUACUCUACAAUGUAGAUCCAAUUUAGUUGCAGUAUUAGUAUGAUUUAGAUUGACUAGAUCUAGGUCGAUAACAUCUACUACCAUCUAGUCUAGAUCUAGUCCAGAUUAAAUUCUUAGUCAUAGUAUAGAAUAGAUCAAGGAUGAAGGUAGGCUUACGAAAGUUUGGAGUAGACCUACGUUUGUAGCGGAUUCACGGCAUCGGUAACACUCUUGAGCCCAGAUCUAGAGUAGAUUAUAUUCAUUAUAUAGACAUAGAUCCAAAUCUAGUCUAUAUAUCAUCUCUAUUGUCGUAUUGAUUUAGAUUGUAGAUCUAAUCAUGACAUCUAGAUCUAAUAUUAUAUAUAAUAUAUAUAUAUAUAUAUAUAUAUAUAUAUAUAUAUAUAUAUAUAUAUGACAAAAUAGUGGUUCGCGUAAGUGUUACGCAUUGUGGUGCCAAAAUACGCAUUUUGACCAUCAGCGUUACGCAUUUGGACUUUUUUUGGUAGGCAGGUCUGAUACAUGUACAUAAAAUUGGGAUUUUUUCUCUUACUUGGUCUCUUCCUACUUUGCUCCAUAUCAAAAGGGAAAAGCUUCACUGCAGAAUUGUAUAAAUAGGGGGGUGAAGAAUGUCAAGUGUUGUUAAAUCUGUUUGGUGUCUGAUAACUUGGAGACUUCUUUGUCUUGCUAAGUCCUAUAUCCAUGCUAAUAAUGUUGACAUACCAUAGACACACCCAAGUGCUGUGUUGUACAAACUUGUUCCAUUUAACUGCAUUUCUGCUGCAAUUGUGUGAAUAAUAAUAAAGUUUUCAACAAAAGAUGAAACAAA